UCUAGAGCGUCCAAGGACUAUAUUUACUGAGCGCAACAACAAUUCCUGGGAUUUUUACCCUUUAUUUGCCAAAAAAUGAUCAAACACAACGCUUAACAAUUUACGAUAUCCAUUGUCUGCUGAAUUUACUACAAGGAGAAUUUUUAGGUGUCUACGAAGUUUAUUCGGUUAAAGAUAAGUGAACAAUGAAUUCUGUGCACCAACAAGCCAAAAAGAAUCUCUUGCUAUGGACGCUAAUAGCGGCUGCCGUGGGUUUAGGAAUUGGUAUGAUAAUUGGGAGAUUCGGAUUCUGUAUGGAGGACGGUGAUCAAAAUGUUUCCGGAAUACCAGAAAGCCUUGUUCAAGAUGGAGACCCAACCAUCUCUCCCGAGAUCAUCAGUCAGAUUAGGAGUGAAAAUAUUCGGCAAUAUUUGCGAGAACUCUCUGAAUACCCUCAUCUCGCUGGAACAGAUGCAGAUUAUAAACAGGCUAAGGAGCUUCAUGACUUCUGGAAAUCGGUGGGUCUUGAUGAAGCUUUCAUCACACCAUAUGAUGUACUGCUUUCCUAUCCUGAAACAGAGGACGAAAGCAAGAUGAAUCGGAUAUUUGUCUACAAUUCUACGAAUCAGAUAGUUUGGGAGUCCGCUCUGUACGAACCAAUUCUGGAUCCCAGCGAAAACAAGUCAAAUGUUGUACCCCCAUUCAAUGCCUACUCUGCACCUGGCGAUAUAAGUUCAAUGGACCUUGUGUACGUAAACUAUGGACGGGUGGAGGAUUAUAGAUGGUUGGCAAACAAUACGAACAUCAACGUUACAGGGAAAAUCGUACUGGCUCGAUACGGCAAAAUCUUCAGAGGCGACAAGGUCAAUCAAGCCUACCUUCAUGGAGCUAUAGCAAUAAUAAUCUACUCAGAUCCAGCGGAUUACGCUGUUGACGGUGAGGAUUCACAGAUUUACCCCCACGACUGGUGGCUUCCAGACACGGGCACACAGCGGGGGGCAAUAUUUAUUGGAGGAGAUCCUCUUACUCCGGGUUACCCGGCUACAGAGAAUGCAUACAGAUUGAAUGAAAGCGAUUCAGAGGCGGAGCUUCCAAAGAUUCCUUCUCAUCCGAUUGGAUAUGGUGUUGCCAAAACACUUAUUGGAUAUAUGAAUGGAGCUGAGGUCCCACAAAGCUGGAAAGGAGCACUCAAUAUAACUUACAAAUAUGGCGGACAAUUAGGCAACUCUGGAUGGCGGAUAAGAAUAAGAAUUUCUACGAAGAAUAGUAAAAGAAGAACCUACAAUGUUUUUGGGAUCAUCCGGGGAAGAAUUGAGCCUGAUAGGUAUGUGUUGCUAGGCAACCAUCGUGACGCGUGGGUCUUUGGAGCAAUCGAUCCAUCCAGUGGAACUGCUGUAAUGAAAGAGGUGUCCCGAGUAAUGGGAAACCUUGUUCGAACAAACAGGUGGCGCCCGCGGAGAACGAUUGUUUUCUGUAGCUGGGGUGCGGAAGAAUAUGGACUUAUUGGAUCUACAGAAUGGAUAGAGCAAUAUGUGAAAAAUCUUGGAUCUCGAGCAGUUGCCUAUUUGAAUGUGGAUAUUGCAGUGCAAGGUAAUUACUCUCUUCGGUCGCUUGGUACACCUCUGUUAAACUCUGUUAUUUAUGAUGCUACAAAAAAGGUUCCAAACCCGGACGAGCAGGAAUUCACAAUGAAAACCGUCUAUGAUAAAUGGCUGUCUAGUUUUCCUGAUACAGACAAUAAACUUCCAAGAAUUUCUGACAUGGGCUCUGGUAGCGAUUAUGCCCCUUUUAUCAAACGUGUUGGCUUACCUUGUCUGGAUAUUCGAUAUACAUACAAUUCAAAUAAAUACAAAAUUUCUUCCUACCCACUUUACCAUUCGAAGUACGAGACUUUUAAGGUGGUGGAUGAGAUUAUGGACCGCGGUUUCAAGCGUCAUCGGGCAGUAGGACAAACGUGGGCGGAGUUAGCACGGAACCUUGCCGACUCCCUGAUUAUUCCUUUCAAAGUUGAGGACUAUUCACUUAAACUGCAAAGUCUUGUUAAACAACUUGAUUCUGAUUUUGGAGCCUUGAUGAGGAAAAACGGGAUUCAAUUAGAAUUGCUAUAUAACACUUCACGUUUAUUCACAUCUGAGACAACAGGUUUUCAGAAAUCUGUAGAUUCCGUGAACAAGAAAGACCCAUUCGCUAUUCGAAAAAUAAACGAUCAGCUGCUACAGUUAGAGAGGGCAUUCAUAGACCCUCAAGGUCUUCCAGGGCGCCCAUUGGCCAGACAUGUUCUGUUUGCGGAGAGCAGUGUCAAUACGUACGCUGGUAGCAGUUUUCCAGGACUGGCGGACGGAAUGUUUGAGAUAGAGGGAAGUCCAGAUGAACAAAGGAGAUGGGAAAUAGUGAAGAAACAUUUUACCGUUAUUCUCUAUACAAUCGAGUCAGCGGCCUCUACUCUUCGGGAAGCGUCCAGAUUUAUGCCGUUGUAGCAAGGGACAGUGUGUGAAAUAUUUUAGGAUAAUAAACUUUGUUUCGUUUUAGAAAAUAAUUGCAUACACUGAUGUUUUUGAUAAUUUUUAUUAUUUUCUUGUAAAUAUUCAUUUCAGAAUCAAUGCAUGUUCAUAUGUACAUGUUCCUUCUUUUCACGCGUUUUUAGAUAGUUCAGAUAUACAAUGUACAGUAAAGUAAUGAACUGAUUUUUAUUUCUUGGUGACAAGUCAACCUUAUUUGUCAACUUCCAGCAAAAAUAGUGUCCUCUUUAUUUCUUAUCGUAACUUAGUAAUUGGAACAAAUAAUAGUAUACAUCAAUGCUUCCUUUGAGGUUAAAUAGCAGGUAAAAGAAGAGAGGUGAUAUCAUGAUACCAAGGUGAAAACAAAAACAUUAACAAGCUAAAUUGGAAAUAGUUUGAAAAAAAAAAUACAAAUGUAAGAUGAAAUAUUAAUUGUAUUCAGAGUUCACAAAGAGUUAAUGAAUUUCUUUAUUUGCUACUUGCUUACAAAUACCAGUUUUCUGUUCUGGGUAUAGAAUAUCUUUGCUUUGGUCUAUGUAUCUGUAGAAUCGAGUAUUGGCAAAAUGGAAUAGGCAAACUUUUUUUUUUUUUAAACACAUAUUUUGUUUUGGAUUUAGGUUUUUAAACGUAAUUUAAAGCAACUUCUUUAUUUGAUUAUAUACGCAUCCGUACAUAUACGUAUCUUGUUAAAAUACUAGUAGGAUCACAAUUUUUCAACUACCUGUAAAACUAUUGGCUAAUCCGAAUUUCCACUAUUUUUCAUAAAUUUUUGGAAAUCUUAGUUAUUAUUAUAUAUAUAUUAUAUAUUUCUUUAAGUAAUUGAUUGUUUAAAAAAUUGACUUCAUUCUUUGUUCUGUAGUAAUGUUUAGAAGCAGAAAUGGAGAUAUUUUCUCACUUACGCGGCCGUUCCGCCAAAAAUGUUGUUCCUGCUAGAUUUCAGUUUAUAAUUUCUAUACAAAGUUGUUAAAAAAAAUAUGAAGAGGAGAGAAAAAUGUUGUCUUAUAAACCCUUUCCAUCUUUAUAUAUAAGACAUAUAAGCAAAUAUAUCUGAAUAUUUCAUUUAGUCAGAAACCAGAGAAGAAUCCCUCCUUAAAAGUAAGUUGCAUUAAUUUUAUGACGUCCUAAUGAAUUUAGCACCAAAAAGCAGAAUGUAAAACUCGAUCAUAAAUUAAUAUUGUUACCGGUAUAUCAUACCCAAAUGACACCACAAUUAAAUGUUUUGUUUCCAUUUUUCAAAUGGAUAUCUAUUCGAUAUACAUGUAUUUUAUAAGAAUCUUAAAAUAAAGACAGCCAGUCGGUA